GCAGCGCUUCUCACGCAUGCUCAGUCCACAUUCUCUUAGUCAUCCCCUGUACUGUGUCCCAGUCUCUGGUCAUCCCCUGUACUGUCCACAGUCUCUGAUCAUCUCCUGUACUGUCCGCAGUCUCUGGUCAUCCCCUGUACUAUGUCUGCAGUCUCUUGGUCAUCCCCUAUACUGUCUGCAGUCUCUGGUCAUCUCCUGUAGUACGCUCGCAGUCUCUGGUCAUCUCCUGUACUGUGUCCGCAGUCUCUGGUCAUCUCCUGUACUGUGUCCGCAGUCUCUGGUCAUCUCCUGUACUGUGUCCGCAGUCUCUGGUCAUCUCCUGUACUGUGUCCGCAGUCUCUGGUCAUCUCCUGUACUGUGUCCGCAGUCUCUGGUCAUCUCCUGUACUGUGUCCGCAGUCUCUGGUCAUCUCCUGUACUGUGUCCGCAGUCUCUGGUCAUCUCCUGUACUGUGUCCGCAGUCUCUGGUCAUCUCCUGUACUGUGUCCGCAGUCUCUGGUCAUCUCCUGUACUGUGUCCGCAGUCUCUGGUGAUCUCCUGUACUGUGUCCGCAGUCUCUGCAGUCUCUGGUCAUCUCCUAUAGUAUGUCUGCAGUCUCUGGUCAUUUUCUGUACGGUGUCUGCAGUC